GGGCGCGCGGGCGGCGGCCGUUGGGGCGCGCGCGCGGCGCAGCGAGGCGCCCUGUCAGAGCCGGUGCUGCUGCUGCGGCGAGGCGGAGCAUGGGGUCGGGAGAGCUGAUGCAGAAGAUAAGCAUCGGCGCAGAGAGUCCCCGGGGCGGUGAGAGGAGCGACGUGGGCUCCGGGCUGGCCGUGGCGGAGAGGGCCACCCCCGGCUCCUGGAGGCAGAAGUGCGCGGCCUAUGUGCUGGCCCUCAGGCCUUGGAGCUUCAGUGCUUCCCUCACGCCGGUGGCCCUCGGCAGCGCGCUGGCCUACCGGGCCCAAGGAGCGUUAGACCCAGGACUGCUGGUGGGAAGCGCCGUGACUGUCCUCGCUGUGCACGGAGCAGGCAACCUGGUGAAUACCUACUACGACUUUUCUAAAGGUAUUGACCACAAGAAGAGUGAUGACAGGACUUUGGUGGACCAGAUUUUAGAGCCUCAGGAUGUAGUCCGGUUUGGAGUCUUCCUUUAUACUGUGGGCUGUAUCUGUGCUGCUGGGCUCUACUGUGUCUCUACACUCAAGCUGGAACAUCUGGCCUUAAUUUACUUUGGGGGACUUUCCAGCUCCUUCCUUUAUACUGGAGGAAUUGGAUUUAAAUAUGUUGCACUUGGAGACGUGGUGAUCCUGAUCACCUUUGGGCCCCUGGCUGUCAUGUUUGCCCAUGCUGUGCAGAUCUUGCCGCUUGAUUCACAUGGCCUUUGGGAGAAUAGAUUGUUUCAGCCAGUAUGUAGCUGUGUGAAAAAACAGACCAUACCAAACUCACCUGGGAAAUACCAGUGAUUUUCAGUGGCACCAUAACCUGGGAUGAAUUUGGUCCAUUCCAUGUUUCCCAGUGGCAGUUGAACUCUCUUCUAAGUUGAAGAAAAAGUAUCGGCUUCCUAUAUGUAGGUUUUUGGUGAAAUGUUUGUUCACAGAAGUUUUGAAAAGGUUGACUGGAAUCGAUACAGAUGUUGGACAGGAGCUCCUGGUGCCUGGAGCACAGCCUUGCUUUUGAACCAAAACAAAGUGGGCUUUUAAAUAUGAGCAAUAAACUAACAACAGGGAGUUCAACAUUAUCCUGCAUUUGUCAUAGGUAAAUUAUGCCCUUGUGGUGUUCAUCUGACAGUGUUGUUACGGUGUUGUUUUAGUAGAGUGUACUGACAGUGGCAAAGCUGAGUUGAUGUGAGGUUACAUAGUAUAGGUAGUUCAAGUGACUGUUUCAGUGGCUUCAUGUUACCCAGCUGUUGGUCUGCUGCUUGACAGCUGAGUUGUAAAAUCUACCUGGAGAGAAUCCUUACAGUUGAUACAAGUCCUGGAUUUACCUUUUGUUGAAAUUGUGCAGAUACCUGGACUCUCUCUAGGCACAAGAUGAAAGGAGGUGGACUUCAGCAAGUAUGUGCUGCUUUCUGCAGCCAAAGAUUUGGUUAGAAUAGGAUGAGAAGAUGCUAAAAUUGAGCUCAGCCAAAUGGAUGGAAAUACUCGGAAGCUUUUGGAAGCUGCUUUUAAGACAGAUGUAUUCAACCCAGCGUCUACUGUUACUUCAUUGCACACCUAAGGAAGAGCCUGGUUUAGAGACCCACUUAACUUUUCUGUGAAGCAAAAGACAUGGACCUGAGUUGGUACAUCUGUUAAUCUUGCACUUGGGGAUAGGUGGUUUUAUUAGGUUAAUCCCAGCAUGGCUUUGUUGCUACCCUUCUUAGCAGCUGAGUGCUUUGAUUUGUGAUAGCUUGCUCUUGUAUGCUAUCUGUUUAAAAAAAUGGAUAGUUACUUUUUCUUAUUCUUUUUCUAUAUAGUGGAAUAUGCUAGCUAAAUUGUAAUACUCGAGCUAAAUUCCUUAAAUUAACUAAAACAUGACUCAUACAUCUGAUAACUGGAAUUUUUGUACUGAUGGAGAGAAAAAUCUAGAAAAAGGUUUUGAUGGAGUAGUGUAUGUAACUGUAGUUUAUCUAAGCUACCGUUUACCAGUAGGGAAAAGCUCCCUGUGCAAGAUGCCUGCUCAGUGCUGGGAAGGACCAGCAUUUUCUGUUAAAGAGAUGAAGCAAGAGUCACUGGUACUUGUCUAGGUGAGAGGAUUUCAAUGCAGUAUAAUACUAGAAAUGGGAUACAAAUCCAACUAAAAUGUUAUUGAUAGGAUGUAAAAAAGACUAUCAUUCCAGGCUUUUAAGAAUAUUGAUAAUAAAUAACACUGUUUCUUCACUGUGGCUUUGAGGAAGUUGUUCAACUUCUAUAGGUCUCGUAAAACAGAGCUAAUUUUUGCCUACCUCACAGGGAUACUGAGCCGACAUCAUUGUUGUGAAGAAGCUUUGAAAGUAAAAUAUGGUUUAUCUCUGUGUGUUUUUCAAAAGUAUGUUAGUAUUAGAAAAUUUUUAGGUAUAAACAAACCUAACAGAUGAUUUUAACCACUAUAGGUAGAGACUAGAAACCUCCACACAAACACUAGGUGGUAAGAGCGGUUUCUUUCUUGGUUUGUUUUAUGAUGAGGAUGCUAGGUCUCUCUCACUAACCCUCUCAUCCCUUUUCCCGUGCUAUUUCCCGCAAAUAAAAACUUUUCAAGCUUCUUUCAGGUCUCUCCUGAUGGGCUGCGUGCAGUGUGAUGAGUCCAUGUAGGUAGGUUAACAGAUUUGUAGUCCACCUGUUCAUGUAUGCUAAAACACGUCUUGGCCUUUCUUCUUACCUAGAGAAAAAAAUCAAUAAAGUGUCUGAAUGUUGAUCUGUUAAAUAAACUGUGCUGAAUUAUUUUAAAUCACUCUGGAUUGUAUGUCUACACAUAUAUUAAGAGCAUCAUUCUGGAAGGAGAAUGGUCUUGGUCUCAGUGUUUAUUUAUGGUAUAGGUGCAUAAAAGUGCAUAUUCUCCGUAAAAGAGGCCUUCUGUGAACCACAUAGUCCUGUCCACCUGUAACAUGGAAUAAAAAAAAUUUAGUAGCAGUGAUCAUCUCAUACUAAUGGCAGACUUCAGCAUUGUUGCAAUGUUUUCAUCAACGAGCAGAACUUCCUUUGAUGCAGUUUUCUGUGCCAUGUACUAUUCAGCAUUUGUAGUGAGAUUUCAGCUGAACUUUUAAUCUUUUUAAUAAAGAUGGACUUCAUCAUCA